UUUUUUGUACAGAAUAUAGAUGGGGUCAGAGUUCUAGAUUUUUAUAUUAGCGAUGCGUGGUGUACUACCUUAUUUGUUUACAGCAGACAAUUUCAUGUGCAUGAUGUGAAAUCAUAAGAUCAUAAUUUGAAAGAGCUCAUUGGAACGACAGCAGAUGAAACAAAACAGGCAUCAUGUGAACGAUGUGAAAUCAUGACGUGUAAUUGCAGGAGCAUAGUUUAAAAUAGCUCAUAGGAACGACUGAUAGAUAUAUAUAAAAGCUAUGAAUUUAGAAUCCCAUUCAUAUGUUUCAAACAGCAGAACCAGAUAAAAAAGAGAUACAGAGAGGGAAAACGUGGAAUAAUCAUGAUCGACGUAUCUGUGAACAUACAAACCGUUUUGGCGGGAGUUAGUAUUGGUCUCGUGGUGUUAUACGUCAUCAAGCGAAUGCGAUAUCGUCUGCCACCAGGACCAUGGUGCUUACCACUAGUCGGGAAUUAUUCAGUGUAUAGCUCGUUUGAAAUCCAUAGGAAAAUGAGGGAGCUCUCCAAGAAAUAUGGUCCAGUAAUAAGCCUGUCUGUUGGUACCCAAACAUGGAUCAUUUUAAAUAAUAUCGAUGUGGUACUGGAGGCAAUGGUGAAAAAGAAGGCAGACUUUGCUGGAAGACCAAAAUUCGCAUCUGGUGAUUUGUUUUCGGAGGGAGGAAAAGACAUUGCACUUAGUACUUACUCACCAACUUGGAAAUUUCACAGAAAAAUAGCAGGCAAAGCACUAAGGCAUUACUUACAAGGGGAUCUACUUGAACACAUGAUACAAGACAACAUGAACAAAUUUCUGGAUAAAAUGGCACAGGAGAAAGAUCCGUUCUGUGCAAAAGAUUAUAUCAAUCUGAUGAUAUUCCAUCAACUUUACACCAUUUGUUUUGGUGAGAAGAGGGCAGUAGAUGACCCGGAAGUGAAAGCAUAUCUGCAAUUAGAUGAAGAGUUGAAUGAUGGUUUAGGAACCGGAGUGCUAGAGGAUGUGUUUCCAUACUUUAAGGAUAUAUACCCAACAGCAAAAUGGAAGAAGCUGAAGAGCAAUGUAAACGAAAGUUUAACUUUACUCCGGACCAAAUUCAAACAACAUGUGGAUACUCUCGAACCAGGUAUAAACAGGGACUUCACAGACAGUUUACUGAUCGCCAGACAGGAAGCGGAAAACGAGGGGGAUGAAGCGGCUCUGGAGAAAUUGGACGAUGCACACUUAAUUCAGACCAUAUCGGACAUAUUUUUCGCUGGAGUGGACACCACCAGAAUGACCAUGGACUGGUUUGUAUACUUCAUGACCAAGCAUCCGGAAAUCCAGUCCAAAUGCCAGGAGGAAAUUGACAGAGUUGUUGGUUCUGGUAUUCCGUCAAUGAAGAACAGGAACAAUUUCGACUUUUUAGAGGCGUGUCUAUUCGAGACUAUGAGACUGGCGAAUGUCACGGGACUAGGUGUCCCGCACAUGACUAUCUGUGAUUCUCAAGUUGGUGGAUACGACAUUCCUAAAGGGACUACCGUUAUGAUAAACCACUGGGCACUUCAUCACGACCCCAAGUAUUGGAAAGAUCAUGAGAGUUUCGAUCCGAAUCGAUACCUUGAUGAAAAUGGAAAAUUGAAACCAGCAAAACCAGAAAGCUGGCUUCCCUUCUCAGCAGGCCGCCGAGUUUGUUUGGGCGAAACUGUCGCCAAACCGGAAAUGCUGUUGAUGUGUGCAAAUCUUCUGAAACGAUUUGAAAUUCGUCUUCCGGAUGGCAUCAAAGCAAACCCCGAGUACAGAAUGAUGGGAUUUGGUGUAGAACUUCCGUCUGAGUAUAAGAUCGUCGUAACAGAGAGAGAGUGAAGAUUUGAAAGAACGACAACAUCAUCCGUCAUUGAAUGUAGUAACAUGAAAAGUCACGUGUUCUAAACACAGUGACAGUAGACAUCGGGCUGUCACAAUGGGAUCUCGUGUGAUAACUAUUGUUCAAAUCGUGAAUUGAUUUUGAGGUUGUGUAGAAACAUUGAAUUAAAUGAUAUGGCUAUGUGUUUGGAUACCGUGAAUCUCAAUUACGAUUGCAUUCAAUUAUUUUGACACUAAAGAUCACUACAUCUGCUAUUAGUCAUAGUCAUGAGUAAAUCUGAUACAUGUAGUACAAGGUUAUUACACACUUAAAACCUAUACAAUAUUUCUUGUACAUAAAGAGUCUUCAUGAUUGUAUAUAAGGAUAUUCUUUUUGUAGAAUACUUUUCAAUUAAAUUGCUUAAAUUAA